GCCGGCAGAUUGAACGCUUUUCGGUAGGUGGAAGGAUAAAUUCUAGAACUCUGUGCUCGGGCUUCCAAUUGGUCCACUUCUUAUGUUACUAUUAUAUUAACCAGUCAGUUAAAGAACCAGCUCUACCGCUCAGUCGAACUCGCCUUAUUCAUUUCCCCCACUGCUCCCAGCUCUCUUCGUCUUCUUCAUCCUCAUCCGUGAGAAAAAAAAAAAAAAACCAGGGGGUGUUCUGAGGUACGCGCGCGUCGUUUCUUGCUUCUUUCCUUACGCCACUUCCAGAUUUUCCGAACACGAUAACGCUCUUGAUUCGGCUUGCCGCCACAAAAUCUCGUCUCCGAUCGGAGUUUAUUGGCUAUUUCUGUUGUUUUGUCGUUUCUCUGAUUCUUCUUUCCCUGACGAUCUGUGUAUUUUCGGUUGGAUUUCUGGUCUUUUUUGUUGCUGUGUGACGGUUUGUUUCUCACUUGCUCGAGCAUUCAGUCGAGCGAUUCUGAGCUCGCGCUUUCUGCUUUGUUUGGCUGUGGAUAGAGCGGUUGCUUCGUGGUCGUAGAUCACGACAUAGUUUCCUGAUUGAACACUACUUUUGGUAAAGGAUGACGUUGAUGGCGAAGCUGAUCUUUUAGAGACUGUAGUUCCUUCUUCUUACGCUGUAGCAGCUUAGCUUGUCGUUCUAAUGGCGAUGUAUGUCUUGUAGAGACUGUAGUAUGCGCUUUAAGCCUUGCCUUGGCUUGUUGUUCUUUAGUUGUAUUCUGACAACGAUGGACUAGAGAGAGAGAUUGAGUGCCCUGGCAAAUAAUGAAGAGCAUGGUAGAUUAAGUAUCAGUUGAAUGAUACGCGGUAACUCUUUGCUUUUGGUAUUUCAUGGACUGAUUGACGAACUAGAGUUUGUUGUAAUCUGCAAUUGGUUGGGUGCCUUCAGAUGCCAGGAUUGCAGCUCGUUUUUCAACAGAAAUCUUUUGGAACAGAUUCCAGUUCUUGCCUUUUUUGGAUAGUUGAUUUGAUUUCUUGAGCUUUAGCUUUGAGAUGUGCUUAUAGAUUCGUUGUAGUGGUUAUUUUCUGGUCUGAAAUUGAUGUGCAGUUUUAAAUCCUGUCCAUUUAGAUCACAUUAGAGCAAAAUGGUGAAGGCAGUUGUUGUGCUUGGAAAUAGUGAUGGCGUCAAAGGGACUGUCUACUUCACCCAGGAAGGCGAUGGUCCUACCACCGUGACAGGAGACAUCUCUGGUCUCAAGCCUGGGCUUCAUGGCUUCCAUGUCCACGCCAUGGGAGACACAACAAACGGCUGCAUGUCAACUGGCCCACAUUUCAAUCCUCACGGCAAAGUACAUGGAGCUCCAGAGGAUGAAGACCGCCAUGCUGGUGACCUGGGAAAUGUUACAGUUGGAGAUGACGGUACUGCAACUUUCACUAUUGUUGACAAGCAUAUCCCUGUUACUGGUCCACACUCCAUCAUUGGUAGGGCUGUUGUUGUUCAUGCUGAUCCUGAUGAUCUCGGAAAGGGUGGACACGAACUCAGCAAGAGCACUGGCAAUGCUGGUGGAAGGAUUGCUUGCGGCAUUAUCGGGCUGCAAGGUUAAGAGAUUUGGCAUCACUCAGGUUUCCUUGGCUGCUUGAAUAAAUGGUAAAAAUGCUCGAUGAAUGUCGAACGAGUCAAUGUUGUCAAGGGAGAGAGAGAAUAUGUGUGAGGGAUAAGGAAAAAAGGGGAAAAAGAACGGGAGAGAACCUUCUUGAAUAAGAGAACAAGAACUCUACUUUGGUGUACCUUCUUUAUAGCUGGAUUUCUGGUUAAUCAGCUUGUAGUUUGAUUUUCUUACAUUGGAAUGUGAGGAAUAUAUGAAGUCUCUAGUUCACCUCUUACUCUCUGAGAUGCGAGGUAGUCGUUGAAUGGGAGUCAACAAUAUUUGUGCCCUUGCUCUGGCAGCGGCGUUAAACGACCCCGCAACUUAGGACAAACCCACCAGAAAUGCCAAUCGAAACAACUGCGGUUGGCUAGAUCUUGUGGCUUGGUUGCAGCAGCAGGUGUUAAGGUGGGCGGAUCGUGGGUAACCCGAUGAUCUUGCAUACUUCUAAGUUCUAAGAAAUUAUGCUGUUGGUGGAAGAUGAAGUUCCAAUCUCCUGAAAUCCUAAUAAAGGGUACAAAACUUGGAUGUGGAAAUGGGGAUCAGGUAAUUAAGAAACGACGCCUAUUUUUAUUCCCUACUAGCUUUUUUAAAUAAAAAUAUAUUUCCCAGAGAAAUAGGGGGGGGGGGGGGUUGAUCAUGUAUAGUAUAAGGGUAGUAAUCAGUUUGUCGGUUAUCGGUAUAGUCGGCAAUUGAACAACUAAUCGCCAUGGGAAAUCCAGUAAUCAGUACACCGAUCCCUUCCCUUAAUAACCAGCGGUAUAUAGGUAUCCUCUCUAUCUUCUUACUUUAUGUUAUGAAUUGCUUCUGGAUGUGUUUCUGUUGGAAACAGCAGGAGCGAAGGGAGGGCUACGAGAUGGUGACAAGAGUCUUGUUGGGGACGCUCGAGACGACGGAGAAAAUGCCAACUAAAGAUCUGGAUUGAGAGAGGAGGCACCCGUAUCUAUAGAAACCCCAAAAAAAUCCCUAAUCUGGCGGCAACAACGACUGGUGGUAUGCUGGUCUGGAGGCUGGAAUAUUGGUGGGCGGCGAAGAGAAAACUUCUUCGAUACCAUCAUGUGACGACGGCGGUAGGCGGCGAUUACUCAAAGAGUAGGGUUAGGGAGAGGAGAUUGAGAAAGAGAGGAGGGUUGGGGAGAUGAGAUCGAGAGAGAGCAAAGUCCUCUCACAAUCAUGUAGAUCAAUGAUAGAACCCGGGAUUAGGGUUCUAUCGAGAAUUGGGGAUUUAGGGAUUAAGAACAGAAUUAGGGAUUUGAGAAGAGAAAGAUAGAGAAUCGGCAUAGGUCUUUAGAGGGAUUGGGAACAAGAAUUGAGAGGAUUGGGAGAAUAGGGUUUAGGAGAUUGUUUCUUAAUAUUCUUCUUGACUGAUUAUGAAUGAAGGACCAAUUACAUA